UAUGACUGAUGAUUGUUGAUGUGAAAGUGAAGCAGUGACGCGCAUCCGAAGGUGUUCAGAGUCUCCGCGCAGAGGUGCGCAACAUCAGUGGGUGGAUUCCGUCGCCCGUGACAACAGCAUGAAAUCAAAGCAUGUGCAGCACCAUGACAUCACGGGCUUUUGCGUGCUCUACCAGGUGUCAUCACAGGGUUCUCUCGUGGGAACUCCCUUGACUUUUUCUGCGGAGAGCUUUUACGCAUCCAUUCAUCCAUCGCCCCGGGAUAUAAUGGAGGAAAUCUGCAGAUGACGCUUCUUUUCAGGACAGAGACUCUGCUCUUGUGUUUUCGUUCACAGUGACACUUUUCCCAGGAGUUUCUUUGCGGAGAACAGCGCGUCCAGAAAUGCCGAGCUUGGAUUCUUCUCCGGCUAUUACGCGUCGAUUAUUUCUUAUUAUGCUCUCGGGUUUUAUUUUAUUACCGUGUUUGCAGUGUGUUCGAUCGCGCAAGCAGCCACCUGGUGUUGAUCUUCUAGAGUCAAACGGUUUAACUCAGAAAGUUCUUACAACAGAUGGCAAGCAGUGCAAGUUUCCUUUUCGCUUUGGUGGGACGAUUUAUCAACAGUGUAUUCCACUAAACUCUAACAAGGCCUGGUGUUCGCUCACACACAACUUUGACCGCGACCAUCGGUGGGGAGUUUGCAGUCCACGCACACGGCUCUUUAAUGCAGGGUUUUUUCCAUCUCGCAGGGAUCUGGGCGACUGCCGGUCGAAGCCGUGUUUGAAUGGUGGCGUGUGUGUCUCUGCUCAUCUGAAAUCAUUUGAGUGUGUUUGUAACGAUGAAUUCACUGGAGAUCUGUGUGAAAACAAGAAGUGCUUUGAACCCCUGCAUCUGAAACACUAUGACAUUGGAGAAUCGUGGGGACGCAUCUACCAGAGGAACGUAGAGCUGUGCACGUGUCUCAAUGGAGAGGUCACCUGCGAGCGUGCACGUUACACCGUAUGCUCGAGAAACAGAUGUGCCAAUGACGGAGUCUGUCGAAAGAUUGAAUCCACAGGUGAAGAGGUGUGUUUAUGCACAUCAGGAUAUGCUGGACAAUACUGCGACAUCAACCAAGCAGAGCAGUGUUACCGUGAUUCAGGCAAAGAGUACCGCGGUACAGCAAACAUGACCGUGUCUGGAGCUCGGUGUCUGCCAUGGAACUCAGAUCUGCUGUAUGAUGAGUUAGCAGUAGAUACAGUAGACAGCGCCCUCCUCAGGGGAUUAGGAGAACACUCUUACUGCAGGAACCCAGAUCAAGACAAGCAGCCCUGGUGUUACACAAUCAAAGGCAGCUCUAUUUCAUGGGAUUACUGCAAUAUCCAGAGCUGCUCCAAACGCCCAUUCACUCGGCGAGUUGUUUUACCAGUUUUACCACGGCCAUCGCGUUCCCCUUCCAAGACAUCUGUGUGUGGUAAGAGGCACAAGAAGCGAGUGAGUCGGGGUCGUAUCAUUGGCGGGACGUCUUCACUGCCUGGCGCUCACCCCUGGAUGGCAGCGUUGUACAUUGGAAAUGAGUUCUGUGCGGGCACGCUGGUGUCCUCCUGCUGGAUCAUUUCAGCUGCUCACUGCUUUCUACGCAAUCCAUUAUUAUCCAGGAUUCGGGUUGUUCUUGGCCAACAUUUUUUUAAUGACACCGGUCCAAACACCAGGACGUUUGGAGUUGAGAAGCAUAUUUUUUAUCCAAAUUACUCUCUUUAUGAGCCCACUUUAAAUGAUAUUGUGUUAGUAAAACUGAAGAAGGAAAACGGACGUUGUACUCAGAAAACACAGUUCAUCAGACCCAUCUGUGUGCCGGGAAAAAACAUGACGUUUCCAGAUAACACCUGCUGUAAAAUCUCAGGAUGGGGUCAUAUGCAUGAGAAGGCAAAUUCAUAUUCUAAUCUUAUGGAGGGUAUAGUUAAGAUCAUUCCCUUCGAGCGCUGUUCAUCUCCAGAGGUUUACGGCUCAGAGGUUCGGUCAGGAAUGCUGUGUGCAGGAAGUGAUUCAUGUGUAGACGCCUGCCAGGGAGACUCAGGUGGUCCUCUUGCCUGUGAAUGUGAUGGUUUCAGUUUUCUCUAUGGUAUCAUCAGUUGGGGUGAUGGAUGUGGACGGACAGGAAAACCCGGCGUUUACACUCUUGUGCCCAAAUAUUCUGACUGGAUAAACAGCAUCAUUAAACCAUCUAAAAAAACUACAUCUGAAAACAAAUCAGGUGGUAAAACACAGAGAAACAAUUGUACUGAGAAUCAAUGCUGAAGGUGUGAAUGUAUUAUGAAUGUGUUAGGUGUGAUGUUUCAUUACAGUGAUUAUGUUACUGUGUACAGACUGAGAAAUAUUAAUAAACAUACUGAACAUUAUAUUAUUUACUGGUGCUGCUUUUAUUGCAUUUAUUAUAUUUAUAAUAAUAUUCAAUAUGAUGUACACUCUCAUGUAAAGUGUUAUGUGUCUUUUAUUUUGUGCAAAUCAAUAAAUUAUACAUUUUCUUGUU